CCCAGUCGCCACAUCCGCCUUCGUCCGGUCGCCGCUGCAUUUUCCGCCACCGCCGCCGCCUCCUCUCCUCUGCCACCGAAGUCGUAGGAGCUCGCCUCCGGUAGCUCAGCUUCGCGUUCGGCCGCGCCGCAAGUUCACCAUCCUGGUCUUGCUCAAUACCUCUGCAAGGUUCAACAGCAAGAGGGGAUUACUGAUGGCAGCCAUCCUACCAAGAACCGCGCUGCUGCUGCGGACGCCGCGCGGCGCCGGCCGGCUCGCGCGGUUCCUUGGAUCCGGCGUGCCCGCCGCUUCAUCAUCCGAUUCUGAGACGGUGGCCUCGGCGGCGGCGGAGUUCAUGCCAUGGCGUAACGGAGGGGGCGUCCUGCACCAGGCGGCGUCCGUCGACCCCUCCGCGGUGGUGGAGGCCGGCGCCGUCGUGCACUCCGGGGCUGUGAUUGGCAAGGAGGUCGUCGUCCGGUCUGGGACCGUUGUCGGGCCUUCGGUGUCCGUGGGGCAGUCCACCAGAAUCGGGUACAAUGUUGUGUUGAGCAAUUGUUCGAUCGGCGAGUUCUGUACUAUCCAUAAUGGCGCCUGCAUCGGUCAAGAUGGUUUUGGUUUCUUUGUGGACCAGGAUGGACAGGUCAAGAAGAAACCACAGGAGCUUUAUGCAAGAAUUGGAGACAAUGUGGAAAUUGGUGCAAAUACAUGCAUUGACAGAGGCAGUUGGAGAGACACAAUGAUUGGAGAUGACACCAAGAUUGAUAAUCUGGUUCAGAUAGGUCACAAUGUGGUGAUAGGAAAGUGCUGCAUGAUUUGCGGACAAGUAGGGAUCGCAGGUUCUGCAACGUUGGGUGACUACGUAACAUUAGGUGGUAGGGUGGCCGUCCGGGAUCAUGUCUCCAUUGCUUCAAAGGUUAGACUUGCUGCAAAUAGUUUAGCGACAAAGGACAUUCAGGAGCCCGGUGACUAUGGCGGAUUUCCAGCUGUCCCAAUAAAUGAAUGGCGUCGACAAACUGUGAAUUUGCGCUUAUUUUCGAAGAAACACCAUGACCGAAGAUAGUAUCUCUGCAAUCCCAGUGACAUCAAUUCAUCAAAUGUGUUGUAACUUGGAUCUCUUAAAGUGUAGUUUCAAUAUCUCACUAGACAACUAACAUUGAAUUGGUAUCCGAAACGAUAUUCACCAUGUUGGAUUCUUCAUUGUUUAAA